CAAGCACUGUCUAGAUUGACCCAUGCAUCUGCCGACCCUAUCACAAGAGUGAUUCUGAUACUCAUUUCGUUGCCCUCAGGACUCCCCGAGAGUAUUGAUUACAGUCUCAUCUAUAUACUAUUCUCGAGCUUGUACGGAUGACAGGCCGACAGGCGGCUCGAGGUUCCGUCCAAGGGCAUGCCCAGACUCUGGCGGUUAUUGGGAGCGGUAUGAUAGUAGUAUAAGUGGCGGGUCUUCUCCAACUCUGUUGAUGGCCGGUUGUUCAGAGUCGAAUUCGGUGAACUAUUCACUGGAAAAACUAUGGCGGGUGGCAUUUCCCUGAGGGGGCUUUAUGCUCUGCUGGUUUCGAUCUCCUUCUUUUCGGCCCUGUGUGCGGCGGACGCUGUAAGCGAUCUCCAGACAAAGGGAAGGCCGGCGCUCGAUGCGCAGCUAGCAAAGUCGACGACGUGCACCAAGGAUAAGCUCCAAGUGCGCAGGGAGUGGGGUGACAUCUCUGCGGCGGAAAAGAAGGCGUAUAUUGCUGCAGUGCUAUGCCUCACUCAGAAGCCAUCCAAACUUCCCCAGGCGCAGUAUCCCGGUGCAAAGACAAGAUAUGACGACUUCGUUGCCAUCCACAUCAAAAACUCCCUUACCAUCCAUGGCACUGGCAACUUCCUGUCAUGGCAUAGGUACUACACGUGGGCUUACGAGCAGACGCUGAGAAGGGAAUGCGGGUAUAACGGGACUCAGCCGUACUGGGACUGGGGCAGAUGGGCAUCUAGCCCGGAGACAUCUCCCAUCUUCGACGGAAGCGACACCAGCAUGAGCGGUCAAGGUGCAAAGGUUGCCCACCAGAGUAAUGGCCUGAAGCCAGCCGGCAACGGAGGUGGCUGCAUUCAGUCGGGUCCCUUCAAGAACAUGACUGUUAACCUGGGCCCCAUGGCCGCCAUGGCCGACACUACACCCCCUAGGAACCCCCGCAGCGACGGCAUGGGCUACAACCCCCGCUGCAUCAAGCGCGAUCUGUCCAACUACCUUACCCAACGCGACUGCACGACGGCCAAGAUCGCCUCCCUCAUCACCUCCUCUCAAAACAUCAACACCUUCCAGACGACCAUGCAGGCCCAGAACGGCGUCCACUCAGGCGGCCACUUCACCAUCUCGGGCGACCCUGGGUCCGACUUCUACGUCUCCCCCGGCGACCCGGCCUUCUGGCUUCACCACUCCAUGAUCGACCGUGUCUGGUAUAUCUGGCAAGUGCAAGAUUUCUCCAAGAGGCAGCAAGUCAUUGCCGGGGGAACGAGCAUGUUUGGUGGCGGCAGGGCUCAGUCGUUGGAGGAUUCAAUCGAUUUGGAGGUCCUCAAUAUCGAUGGCAAGGUGUGGAAGAUUAAGGAGCUGGUUAGCACGGUUGAUGGACCGUUCUGCUAUACUUAUGAGUAAAGAAGGGGAUGUUGCAUUGUU